UUUCCAAAGUUUGUGUCCUGGUAAGAUCGGGGUACUUUCUAUUUCAUUCGCGGGUUUUCCAUGCAUGGCACACUUUCCACUGUCACUGGAAAGAGAAUGGCAACUGAUCGGAUAACAACCAUCAUGUGGACAGCUCUGAUUUUACUAGUCUCUGCACACAUUACUGUGAGCAACGAGAACACCAUAGAGGCCACCGCUGGGCAGGAUGUGCUCUUGCCCUGUGCCUGUCCAAAGAAUGACGACCACUACCUUGUCUGGCAAAUCCAGGGCAAAGCUGUGGAUUACUACAUCCGUGAACAUAAGAACAAGUCAAAUAUAUCUGAUCAGUUCGAGGGCAGGACACGCUUGUUUUUCUCCGACCACAACAGGAACUGUUCUCUGCUACUUUUGGGGGUGACUAUGGCAGACAUGGGAACAUACACAUGCUACUAUAAAAAUCCAGAGUAUGAGGAAGCUAAAGUUAAUCUGAGAAUAAGUGAUACAGAAAAACGUGAAAUCACAAACUCAACUGUUGCACCACCUACAGACAAAACAGCAGCAUAUGCUGUAAGUGGCGUCAUUCUUGUCCUGAUUGGGCUGCUAGCAGUGAUCCUGAUUGUCAGAUUUCGAGACCGACGUCUGAAGUUCCAGGCUGUGAACAGAGAGCCUGUGACUCCCAGCUGGGUUUGAAGAUGCCUUGUCCUCAUGGCUGUGUGCUGUCUCUGAGAGGGACACUGACCAUUCUGAAGGGGAGAGAGGAUGAAACACGGCGUGUCCAUGGAAGCUGAGGGACGCUGCCUGAGCUGCGAUAACUGAAUGUGGAACAUUUGGAUAACUGAAUGUGGAACAUUCACUGUGAGAAACAGGCAGCAAUAAGAUGUGUCUGCUUCUCCCACAACAACAGGGGCCAAGCUGUAAACAGGGCCAACAUUCUUGAGUGUUUACAGGAUCGACAAGUGCCGUGUGGGAGGUUAUGUUACAGUGUGCUUUUAUUAACAGCCAAUAGUAUAUAAGUGUUGGACAUUAACAAAGCCUGUUCCUGUAUCCUGUCUGUGGCCUGCACAAUACUGAGUGGAACUAAUUCUUAGAAUCCUGUAAGCACUAUACAGCACUGAAUCUGCUCAGUGUGAAGACAGGCAUUAGAAUGGAACUGACUCAUGCUAGAGUUUUUUGGUUGAAAAAAGAUGAAUCCUGUCACCCCUUCUAGUCACACCAGAACAAUGCGGGAUAUAAGUCCGUAGUACACUCUCAAAUCUGAACAAGGUUGUGAAAUCUUUUAAGGGCCAAGCCUGGACUCUGUUCCGCUGGCUGUUGCUGGCUGUACAGACUGGCGUGGGGAUGAAAUUUUGAGAUCUUCCAGGUCAUUUUUGGGAACUUACUGGCCUUGUGACAAGGAAAACACUUUGUACUUGGUCUUCCAAUUCCCUCAUACUGUUUUUGAUCUUGAGCUUUUUCAGUUCCAGCUCAGCACUGCUUGCACUCUACUGUGAGAAAAUGAAUGCAGAAAAGUUUUAGGGUAUGACUCUAUGUUGUCAGUCCAUGAGUCUUUUAUGUCAGAAAAGAACUCCAAAAAUGAUGCGAAUAUGCUUCAGUCACCGCAUUUGUGAUUUUUUGGUGAUGCUGAAAUGUUGCAGGGAUGUUGGAACACACAGAUAAAACGAUUAAAAUAUUUUAUUAUGGACGUAACACUG